AUGCUGGUCCUACGUUGGUGACUUCGGAGUUGGUCAGAACCUUUCUAUCGGAAGUGGAUGUGACCAUAAGGCCAUUAUAGAACAUGAGAUCCUACAUGCAUUGGGAUUCUACCAUGAGCAGUCCAGAACUGAUCGUGAUGACUAUGUCUUGAUCUGGUGGGAUGAAAUUACUGAAGGGAUGGGACAUAACUUCAACACAUACAAUGAUAAAUUCAUCACUGAUCUGAACACUCCAUAUGACUAUGAGUCUGUUAUGCAUUACGGCCCUUACUCCUUCAACAAGAACCCCAACGUCCCGACCAUUACCGCCAAAAUCCCCGCCUUCAAUAACAUCAUAGGACAACGUCUGGACUUCUCACAGAUUGACCUGGAGCGCGUCGACCGCAUGUACAACUGCACCGCCCCGCUCAUUCUCCUGGACCAGUGCUCCUUUGAAUUCAUCAACAUCUGCGGAAUGGUCCAGGGUACCACAGACGAUGCAGACUGGAUCCAUGAACUCAGCGUUCCUGGGUCUUCUUCAGACCAUACCUUGGCCGGACGCUGCAGAGAUGCUGGAUAUUUCAUGUCCUUUAAAACCCAUGGCGGAGCAGUUGAAAAAACCGCUGUGCUGGAGUCCAGAAUCCUCUAUCCAAAGAGGACAGAGCAGUGUCUUCAGUUCUUCUACAAGAUGGACGGCAGCCCGAAGGACAAACUCAACAUCUGGCUUCGCCUCGAUGAUGGCACCGGGACUGUGAGAAGGUUGAGGAAAGUCCAGACAAUAAAUGCCGAUAACGACCACAACUGGAAACUGGCCCAUGUGACACUGAACGCUGAUAGAAAGUUCCGUUACGUCUUCCAAGGUAUCCAGGGGGAUUCCACAACAACCAGCGGUGGCAUUGUCAUCGAUGACAUCACUCUGCCAGAACUGCCCUGCCCCAAUGGCGUCUGGACCAUCCGCAACUUUAGUCAGAGCCUCGCUAGCACCGUGAAAGGAGACCGCCUUGUCAGCCCUUGUUUCUAUACCCCUGAAGGCUAUGGUUAUGGAGUGGGUUUAUACCCUCAUGGGCAAAAUGGAUCCACUUACACUGGUUACACUGGUAUAUCAUUCCAUCUGUGCAGUGGGGAGGAUGAUUCUGCGUUGGAGUGGCCCGUCUUGAACCAUCAGUUUAUCAUAACAGUGUUUGACCAGGAUCCAGACAUUCGUCUAAGGAUGUCUUCUAGCAGAAGCUUCACCACAUCAACUGAACAGAUAAUUCUACCUCAGAAUAUAUCUCGCUGGGAAAGACCCUCUAAAACUGGCACCUGGGAUCCCUCAUGUAACUGCUAUCGGACUACAGAUUUUGGGUGGACCACCUUCAUUACCCACUCCAAUCUACAGCGCAGGAGCUUCCUGAAAAAUGAUGAUCUUAUCCUGUUCGUGGACUUCGUGGAUUUGACGCAUCUGAUAAAAGUUGAAGUCCCUAUUCGUCCGGCUGUCCAGGCAUAUGAUUUACCGCUGGAUGUGGAGGUGCAUGAUAGGAAGAGGCGAGCCCUGGAGAACCCAGCAGAUUCCAAAGAUUAUGCCAUCCAACCAAUGGGAACCCAGUGCGAUGACAACCCUUGUCUGAAUGGUGGAGCAUGCAUGGUUGAGAAUGGCAGAGCAAACUGCAGAUGUGCACCCAGCCAGGCAUUUAUGUACACGGGUCAAUACUGCGAGACGGCACAGCUGCACGGGAAUGUCCUCGGCAUGAUGAUUGGAGGAGCGGCUGGACUCAUCGCUAUGACUAUUGCUAUACUCGCUAUAAUGGGCAGAAGAUAAAUUCAUUGUAUAAAAUUAAAAGGAAAUCUUUGCAAUCUGCCUAUAG